UUUAAGGAGCCUCCAUUUUCCAAGAUUGGGUGGGCCUCAUGGAAUGACUAUGGAUUGGCAAGGUGCACCAGCAAGUCCCAGUUCAUACACUGUCAAAAGGAUUUUGCGCUUAGAAAUUCCUGUGGACAGCUUUCCUAAUUUCAAUUUUGUUGGCCGACUUUUGGGUCCUAGAGGAAAUUCACUUAAACGAGUUGAAGCUACUACUGGAUGCCGGGUAUAUAUUAGAGGGAAUAGCUCAAUAAAGGACCCUGACAAGUUGCAAGAGGAGAAGCUGCGUGGACGACCUGGCUAUGAGCACCUUAAUGAACCACUCCAUAUCUUAAUUGAGGCUGAUUUACCAGCUAAUGUUGUUGAUAUGAGACUGAGACAAGCGCAGGACAUAAUUGAAGAAUUGCUGAAACCAGUGGAUGAAUCACAGGAUUUCAUAAAGAGGCAACAGUUGCGUGAGCUUGCCAUGCUAAAUUCAAAUUUUAGAGAAGAGAGCCCUGGGCCAAGUGGCAGUGUCUCACCUUUUAAUACCAGUAUGAAACGCGCAAAAACAGGAUGCAGAGAUCAUCUACAAGCUCUUCAAUAAUGUUUUCUUCUGUGAUUGACGGAAUUAUACAUGGAUAUACGUAUUGAAAUGCAUCAUAUCCCUAUUUUUCUGCCUAGUUGAUUAUACAACAAAUAGAUUAUUGUUUAAGGAGAUGUGAAGUUGAGUGUUUUGGUUGGGUUUUACUUUUUUUAAUGAAGCAGAACGUCUAAAGAAAGAAAAGGUGUUGUGUAGGGUUAGUUUUAAACUAGGUUUUGUCAUGUCAGUUCCAGAAAAAUGUAUUCAUUUGAUUGAUUCUAGUGUGAGAUCACUGAGAUGUAUUAUUAUUUGUAGAGAUUGCAAUUUAAAAGUUUGAUCUUGUAGAUA